AAUCUUCCAGUUUUCAAACACAUUUCGAGCAAACCCCGCAAAAAUGGUUUAUCGCUUGCGGCUCGCACUCUUCUGUCCGGUUGUUGUAAUAUUUUUACAGUUACAGGCGACAAAUGCCAAUAAUCGCAAUAUCGAGCUGAAUUCCUUUCAACCGAUGUCGGAGUACGAUGACUCCUGGGUGGUUUGGGAUACUUUGCGUUUGAAGAAAAAGACGCGCACUGAAUUGGGCUUGACAGGUGAUGUAAAUAUCAAGCAGAAUUUGGGCAAUGAGCAGCAGGUUUCGCUGCAAAUUUACAAAUACGAUCGUGAGAAUAAACGACGUGGCCCGAUUGUGUUUCAAACGCAAAAACCGUUCUGUAAACUAGCGGAAUCACUCAAGAGCACAUAUGAUGGCAUGGUGAAGGCAUCAAAUUUACCGGAAAAGUUCGAGUGUCCAUUCCCCAAGAACACCUACACCUACAAGGACUAUGUACUUGAUACCGAUGCCCUUGUCAAGGACGUACCGAAUGGCGAUUAUCUUAUUGUGGCAGUCUUGAAACACAACGGAAAAGCCGUUAGUGGCAUCGAAUUGGAUGUGACAGUUGAAAAUUAAAUACAUAGCUAAUUGCUUCGAAAUUAUUUUUUAUUUCACAAACAUUG